AUGGUCCGUUCUGAGAGUCCGGGGCCUCUUCUGCGUCUCGAUUUUCUCGUAUCCGGUGGCGGUAUUGCCGGCCUUGCCGUUGCAUUCGUCCUCGCACAGUCCGGUCAUCGCGUCCGCGUCAUCGAUAAACACGACCUCACUGCGCCCUCAGGGCCCCUGCGGGUUCCUCCCAACCUCAGCAAAAUUCUCCGACGAUGGGUUGGCCCCGAGGAGCUCGCCCGGGUCACCACACGUUGCACACGAUCUCCCUUCCUCGACAUGAUAACGGGCGAACUCGUUGGACACCUGCACUGGACGCCUGCCGUAAUGGCGGAAGCAGGCGGCGAGUUUCUCGUCAUGCACCAUGCCGACUGUCAUCGCAUGUUAUAUGAGCUCGCUAUAUCUGUGGGCGUACAAACAGACUUCAACACCUCGGUUGUAGCCAUUCACCAGGGGACUGAGGCGCUACCUAAUCCGAGCGUCUCGCUGAGCUCUGGGGAGGUCCUUACAGCGGACUUUCUCAUCGCUGCAGAUGGCCCGAAUAGCUUUAUUAGAGAAGUUAUUUGGGGGCCCGAUGAGGAGAAGGUUCCGAAAAUGACGCUUUAUACGGGCGUCGUGCCUACGGAGAAGAUGCUUGCCUACCCGGAGCUCCAGCCUAUUUACGGCGAGAAUGACGAUUGGCCCAUCUUCAUGGGCUCGGAUCGCAGUAUGUGUAUACACAGAGUUCGAGGCAAGCGGGAAUUCGGAUUCCACUUGUAUUCGCAUCUGGGCGACCAAUAUGACUGCCAAGGUGGAGACGAAGGGUGGGAUGAGAAGGUCCCCACGGACAGCGUGAAUUACAAGAAUCAAGGCCAUUCGCAGAGAAUGCAACGGCUGCUGAACAUGACAUCGAGCCUAAUCCGAACAAGAUUCGUGGAGCGCCCAGACGACGCGAUCGAGGACUGGGCGGACGAGACGGGGCGGAUCGUGCUGAUAGGCGAGGCAGCACAUCCAUGGUUUCCCGGGGGCUCUCACGGCGCAGCCAUGGCCGUGGAAGAUGCUGUCGUGUUCGGGACGCUGUUCGGGCGGUUGAAGUCUUGGCUGCAGGCACCCUCCUUCAUCAGCGCAUACCAGGAGCUGCGGCAGGGCCGCUGCAAGGCGGUCAAAGUUGCAGACAUCGCGAACGCGCAUCUGGUCGCGAUGCCGCCUGGGCCGAUGCGCGAUGCACGCAACGCUAGCGUGAGCCGCGAGCUGGACGAGUGGGACGAGGGCACCCUCAAGGCGCAAUUCGAGGAGAUCGCGGAGGUGUUCGGCUACGACGCCGCCGACGCCGCCGACGAGUGGUGGGUGAACUGGGGUCGCUUCAGCGAGUCGGAGCGCGGGGCGCCCGUUAGCAAGCACAUGAGUUGGGCCGGAUUCCAGACCACUGCGGCGGAAACCACGGAGAACCAGGCCAACGUGCAGUGA